CCCAAAUGAUGUACGUUACCACCUCCACACACCUAUGACGGCAUCGUGUGCUCGCCGCCACCAGAAAUUUAAGUGUCGGCACCUCUGAGGCAUCAUUCAGUCGACAGCUGUUAAUCCUAACACAAACAGUCCCAAGACAAACCAAAAAACCUCUCAAAAAUGAAAUCGUUCAUCGUUCUCGCCCUCUUCGUCGCCGCCGCCGUCGCCGCUCCCGCCAACCCCGAUGCCGACGCCGUCGUCGUCCGUUAUGACAGCGACAACAUCGGAGUCGAUGGAUACAAUUACAAUGUGCAGACCUCCAACGGCAUCUCCCAGCAGGAGCAGGGUCAGCUGAAGAACGCCGGCUCUGAGAACGAGGCCAUCGAGGUCCGCGGCCAGUACUCGUACACCGGCCCCGACGGUGUUGUCUACACCAUCACCUACAUCGCCAAUGAGCUCGGCUUCCAGCCCCAGGGCGCUCACAUCCCCCAGGCUCCUUAAGUCGACUUCACUAAUUCCAACAUCUAGUCCAAAAAAUACUCAUCCUUAACCCUACUUCCUUCCUUUGUUAAUAAUA